ACAAGAGGAACAAAAAGAAUCCAUGGCUGGCCGCUUGAACACCUUGUGGCUCCUAGCGCUGCACGCAGCCGUCACGGGGUGGUACGGCACCACCGUAGCCCUCCACGUGGACAACACCGGCACGCUGCCAGGCGGCUCGCUGAGCUACGGAGGCCAAUGGAAGUACCUGACCUUCAUCGACUUGAUUCUACAGUUGGUCUACUUUGGUCUUUGCGUGUUGGUCGAUAUUUUGGCACUCACCCAAGGAAAAGGAAAAGAGAUGAAGGUCUUGCAAACAUUGACGCAACUUCGAGACACCAUUUUUGCCACCCUGGCUUUUCCUCUGGCAGUGUUUGUAAUGACCUCAAUCUGGACAAUUUAUGGCAACGAACAUAAGCUGGUGUACCCGAAGAAACUGAACGUUGUUGUACAGCAGUGGCACGAUCACGCGAUGCACACCACCAUUGUACCAAUAGUGCUGGUAGAGAUGUAUGUAACACGACACGUGUACCCUUCCAAGAAGGCAGGCAUAGCGACUCUUGCGGCUUUCUUCAUCACCUAUGUGUCAUGGAUUAUCUGGGUUAAACAUUACUCCAACAUCUGGGCGUACCCAUUUCUGAAUGAAAUGAGCUUCGAAUCCAGGGUCAUGUUUUUUUCUUCUUCAUUCAUGCUUGUGAUUGGAUUUUACAUCGUGGGAGAGAAGUUAAACAAUGUAUUUUGGGUUGUGGAGAAAAUAAGCAAGGAAGAUGAAUACAAAGGCUAACCAGCUUUCAUAAUCAGCAAUCAAUGUCUGCUGGUAACGGUAAAGCAAUGGACAAGGAGGCAACAUUAACCACACAACCACGUGUGUGCAACACAGUGGACUGCAGGGACACAUCAUUUCAACAAUGCACACUGAAUCACAUUACCAUCGCCAACACGAUGGUAUCAGAAAUAUUCAUUUUUAUUUUACACGCUUUUAUUUAACUCACUCUGUUGUUAAUUGGUUCUUUAC